AUGGGAAAUACUGAAAGUAAUGUUACUAGUGGCGUUAAGAAACAAGCUGGAGUUUCCACCCAAAAGCUGUAUAAGUUAGUUGAUUUGAAAGGUGGAGGCUUAAUGGUCGAUGUAAUGAAAAGAGCUGUUCAGAGCAAACAAUAUGCAGAAAUAGAUCAUGUCAUUAAAACAAAAGUUGAGCCCUUUCUGUAUAACAAAGGUGCUGGAAAAUAUAUUCCAAUUUCGCAAAUUGUUCUUAUGAGAAACAUUGAAAGACCGAAACAUAAACAGUUACCACAAAUACGUGCUAUGGAAAAUCCAGAAGAAGAAUUUGAUGUCAAUAAAAAUUGUCCGGAAGUUUCCGAAGAAGAAUAUCAAGCCAACCCAUCGUUGUACAAACACGUUUGCUGGGAUUUAAAUGAACGAGGUGCUGUUGGUGAAACGAUAUUACAUUUGUGUUUAUUGAAUGUGUCGUCCCUUCUUGCAGAUUUGGCCAAGAGACUACUUCGAUUUUAUCCCAAAUUAAUUAAUGAUGUUUAUAUGUCUGACGAAUAUUAUGGUGAAAGUGUUUUACACAUAGCCAUAGUAAACGAAGAUCCGGCAAUGGUUAAAUUUUUGUUGGACGCAGGCGCCAAUAUUCACGAACGUUGCACCGGAACAUUUAUGUCUCCGGAAGACCAAAAAGCUUCGAGAAACGAUUCACCAGAAGUUGAACAUGUUAUUGUUCAAAAAUUCACCAAUUAUGAAGGAUAUGUAUAUUGGGGAGAAUAUCCACUAAGUUUUGCAGGAUGUUUAGGACAAGAAGAAUGCUACAGGUUAAUUUUGGCGCGCGGUGCAAAUCCGGAUAAUCAAGACACCAACGGAAACACGGUUUUACAUAUGUUGGUUAUAUAUGAAAAAUUGGAUAUGUUUGACACAGUUUAUGAAUCAGGAGCAGCCAUUGGUAUACGAAACGUUUUAAAUCUUACUCCUCUUACACUUGCUGCCAAAUUGGCCCGAAAAGAAUUGUUUUUUCAUAUUCUAAAUAUAGAACGUGAAAUCUACUGGCAAUUAGGUAGUAUCACUUGUGCAGCAUAUCCAUUGAGUCAAAUAGACACUAUUGAUAAUGAAACAGGAGAUAUAAGCAAAGAUUCUGCGUUGAAUUUGGUAGUUUUCGGGGACAAAGAUGAGCAUCUCGAACUCAUGGAUGGCGUAUUAGUAGAUCUACUAAAAACAAAAUGGGAAGCUUUCGUCAAACGACGUUUUUAUCGUCAAUUCGUAUUAUUUGCAAUUUAUUUCGUAAUAUCAUUAUUUUGUUUUACCCUUCGUCCAGGUCCACCUCUUCCUGUGGAGACAACUGCCAGUCCAAAGAAUAAUAUUACUACUAAUACGACAAAUAGUCCUAAUUCGGCACCUUUGUUAAAUUUAACGGAUUUAGUUGGAACUGUACCAACUGAUAUUGAGCAAUGGUGGUUUACAAAUUUUUCAUCAGAUUGCAGAUUGCUUCAAACCGACACUGUCGAAAAUAAGAUCAGAUUAGUUGCAGAAAUUCUAAUGGAAAUUGGUUCAAUUAUGUAUAUAAUAGCUGCCCUUCGCGAAGCUAGGUUUUUGGGAUAUAAAAUGUUUAUUGAAAAUCUGAUGACUGCGCCAUCAAGAGUCAUGUUUUUAUUCUCAUGUUUGCUGAUGAUGACUUUACCUGUAUUUAGAUUUUUUUGCUUAGAAGUGAUUGAAGAUCACGUCGCAAUAGUUAUUAUGUUAACGACAUCUCCUUACUUUCUCUUUUAUUGCAGAGGUUUCAAAACAGUGGGUCCAUUCGUCGUGAUGAUCUACAGAAUGGUGAUGGGAGAUUUGCUGCGAUUUGCAGUAAUCUACAUGGUGUUUGUUAUGGGAUUUUCUCAAGCAUAUUACAUUGUAUUUUUAUCGUUUGAUAAUCCAAAUACGCCCGAAGGAAUUGAUGAUUCCAUUUCGAAUCCUAUGCCGAGUCCAAUGGAAAGUAUAUUGGCAAUGUUUCUGAUGUCAAUGACCAAUUUUGGAGAUUACUACACUGCCUUCGAUCGAACUGAUCAUGAAGUUGAAGCUAAGUUACUGUUUGUCAUAUACAUGGCGAUCGUGGCUAUUCUUUUAGUGAAUAUGUUAAUCGCGAUGAUGGGAAAUACUUAUCAGAAAAUCGCUGAAACACGAAAUGAAUGGCAGAGACAGUGGGCCCGAAUAGUUUUAGUAGUCGAAAGAGGAGUUCCACCUGCUGAACGAUUGGAAAAUUUAAUGACAUACUCUCAACCGAUGUCAAAUGGCAAAAGGGCUCUUGUUCUAAGGCUAAACCAAACGGAGGAAGAUAAGGAAGAGAUGAAAGAAAUUUUAGAAAUGAAAACAGUUCACGAGAGGAUGAUCAAAAAACGACUUAUGAAACAGGGCGAAAAAGAUAAAAAGAAGCAAAAAGUUAUAAAAAAGGAAAGAUAUUAA